CGCUGUCGUGUGCUUUGCUUUGCGGUUCUCGUUCUUUUUGCUCGGUGCUCGUCCGUUUAUUUUUGUAUAUUUGUCGCAUAUAUUCAUUGUGUUGGCAGACGGCUAAGGAAGAAGCAGCGCAUAACGGAACUGUAGCGGUGCCAGUAACGGUACACUUGUGGGCUUUAUUAACCAAACCAAUUGAAUCAUGGCCGCCAGAGAUCGUCUGCCCAUAUUUCCAUCGCGCGGAGCACAAACGUUGAUGAAAUCGCGUCUGGCGGGCGCCACGAAAGGCCAUGGCCUACUUAAGAAGAAGGCUGACGCUUUGCAGAUGCGUUUCCGUUUGAUUCUGGGCAAGAUCAUUGAGACCAAAAUGCUAAUGGGCCAGGUAAUGAAGGAGGCGGCCUUCUCUUUGGCCGAGGUCAAGUUCACCACGGGCGACAUCAAUCAGAUCGUGCUGCAGAACGUGACCAAGGCACAGAUCAAGAUUCGCACCAAGAAGGACAAUGUCGCCGGCGUCACUCUGCCCCUGUUCGAGCCCUAUCAGGAUGGCGUCGAUACCUACGAGCUGGCCGGCUUGGCGCGCGGCGGCCAACAGUUGGCCAAGUUGAAGAAGAACUACCAGAGCGCGGUGCGUCUGCUGGUCGAGCUGGCAUCGCUGCAAACGUCCUUUGUGACGCUGGACGAUGUCAUCAAGGUGACCAACAGGCGUGUCAAUGCCAUCGAGCAUGUUAUCAUACCGCGCAUCAAUCGCACCAUUGAGUACAUCAUCAGUGAGCUGGACGAGCUGGAGCGCGAGGAGUUCUAUCGCCUGAAGAAGAUCCAGGACAAGAAGCGCGAGGCGCGCAAGAGUGCGGAUCUCAAGCGCGAGGAGCUGCGCCGCCAGGGCUACAACGUGGUCAGCAGCGAACAGGCGCAGAAUAUACUCGAAGAGGAUGGCGACGAGGACUUGCUCUUCUAAUUGAAAGAGUCGCACGCCAGC